AUGAACGUCCCAGUGUUUAUCGAUAUUGCUGUUCCUUACCAGACACUUGAACUGAGAACAUUUCUAAAAUCCCUCGGAGCAGAGAUAUCAGAAGAAAAUGCGGAGUCUGGCUUGUCAACUGACUUGAAAAAUAUCAUUGAGGCCAGCAAAUUCUGCUGGAAUCUCAACAAUGACACAGAGAUUGAGAUGGUAUUUAAUGGCAUCAUCUCCCUGUUACUGGUUGUGCCAGUACAAGAAGCGGAGAGUGUGGUCACUCUGUUUUGUGAGAAGGUGGGAAAGUUGCCAGAGGGAGACAAACGUGCAGCCCUGAGACUGAGAAUGCUGAGCAACCUAUUCUAUGGGCUAGAGGAAGAUGCCAGCGUUCGAUAUGUUGUUCUCUGCAGCAUGGUUAGGCUGGCAGGGCAAAAUGACUUGCUGUCAGGAGUACCAGUUGAUUUAGAUAAAAUCAAAAGGUGGAUCAGCUUGUGGGAGAUCAGCUCAGCAAAAGUUCAGAUGCUAUACAGGACCCUUCAUGAAUCCCUGACAGCCUGCAACAUGCGUGAUGUGGCUACUAAAGUCAUGAUCGAACUGCUGGGUACCUACACAGAAGACAAUGCUUCUCAGGCCAGAGAUGAUGCUCAUAAAUGCAUAGUGACUUGUUUGGCUGACCCCAAUACAUUUCUCAUGGACCAUCUCCUUUCUCUGAAGCCAGUGAAGUUUUUGGAAGGCGAAUUGAUUCAUGAUCUACUGACAAUAUUUGUCUCUGGAAAACUUGGACAGUAUCAACAGUUUUACAAAAAUCAUACUGACUUUAUCAACUCAUUAGGCCCCUCACACGAGGAGAACCUGCGGAAGAUGAGAUUUCUGACAUUUAUGCAGAUGUGCGAGAACCGCAAGGAGAUGGAUUUCAGUGUCAUACAGGAAGAAAUGCAGAUGGACAAAGAUCAAGUUGAGGAAUUUGUUAUUGAUGUGUUGAGGACCAAAUCUGUGAAAGCAAGGAUAGAUCAGAUUCAAGAGAAAGUUCUCAUUAACUCCACAACAUUCAGGACCUUCAGCAAGCAUCACUGGCAGAUAAUCCGACAACACCUUGCAGCCUGGCAAAAUAAUCUAGCUGGCCUGGAGGCCAACUUUGAAAAUGUCUCUCUUAUCCAGUCACAAGUUCAACAACCAUAG